CUCUCCUCCUCUCGGCUCUCGGCUCUCGGCUCUCGGCUCUCUCGUCGUUCUGCGAAGGUCGGAACUGCUCUCCGACGAACACGAACGGGCACAGCUGCGAGGGUCCUUCCCUUCGAUUUUUAUUGCGGUGAUCUCAUUCCUUUCUUUUUUCUCUUGUUUCGUUUCGCUUGGUUCUUCAUCCGUCGAAAUUUUGAUUAGGGUUCAGAAUUUUUGUUGGUCUUGGGGUUCUUUUAAUCGAUUCUUGGUUGUCGACUUUCUUGUGGGAAGAUCGAUCUUUCUGGUUUUCUCGAUCGUUUUUCGUCACCUAGCCAGUCUCGUUCUGGUUUCGAUUGGAAAAUAUGUCUUCUUCGCGUUCUAGGCGUGUGGAGUACGACCGCUUCAUCCCGUUCCGGUCGGCGAUGGACAUGGACUACGCACGCUUUGCCCUAACCGGGCCUUCGAGACCGCAGCGUGAUGGUUCGAGGGAAUCCCCAUCGAGCGUGGCGUACCAAAAGCUUCUUGAUGACUGCAUUUUGAAGAACAGGUCUCGUAUCCUCGCUUUCAAGACUGCACCUGAAGCGCCGGCCAGCAAGCUGCCCCAGUUUGACGAGCCCAUUCGGCCGCAGAAGAAGCAGCAGAGGCGAAUCCCGAAAGAACCAGAGAGGGUUUUGGUAAUCCACGGCUUGUUGGAUGAUAAUGUUUUGAAUCUCCUCGACUGGGGAAGCAAUAAUGUGUUGGCAAUUGGCCUUGAGGACGCAGUGUAUCUCUGGCACGCUGCAAACGAGUCGACUAAGCUUCUACAACCUGUAGAAGACAGAGGACCUAUCACUUGCAUCCGCUGGUCGCCAGACUGUGCAGUUCUUGCUGUCGCAUUUGGCAAUUCAGAUUUAGACCUGAUUGAUCCAGCAACAGGACAUGUCGUGGAUGGGAUGGAAGAUGAGAACCAGGCCCCUGUGUUGUCACUUGCGUGGAGAAGUAAUUCAAUCUUGACAGUCGGAAGAUUUGAUGGCACUGUUGUUGAUUAUGACUUUAGAAAGGAUGACAUGUUCAUUUGUUUUUAUAAUGAGCAUCGGCGUGGAGUUUGUAGUCUUAAAUGGUCCGUGUUGUUCGGGCGGUAUUUGGCGAGUGGAGGGCAGGACAAACUAGUGCACAUAUGGGAUGCCUGCAUGCCUGUCUCACGUCACCAUCCACGUCAACGUCAAUGGCUUCACAGGAUCAGCAGCCACACUUCCAUUGUGAAGGCCGUUGACUGGUGCUCAACUCGGAGCAACCUGCUGGCUUCUGGUGGAGGUUGCAAUGAUCAUUGCGUUAAGUUUUGGAACACCGUUAAUGGUGCUUGCUUGAACUCGAUUGAUGCUGGCUCUGAAGUUUGUGCAUUACUAUGGGACAAAAACAAAUCUGAAUUACUGACCUCCCAUGGUUCGCCGAACAAUCAACUCACCUUGUGGAAUUACCCAUCCAUGACGAGAGUGGCUGAGGUUUCCGGUCAUUCAUCCCGGGUUCUUUCCUUGGCUGGGAGUCCACUGGGAGGUGUAGUAGCUUCUGCAGCAGCAGAUGAGACAGUCAGGUUUUGGAAUAUCUUUGAGACUCCCAAAAUAACAAAACCUGAACUGCCCUUUGCCCAAUUUAAUGUCAUAAGAUGAAAAGGUGGAUAGGUGGAAAUGAUUAAGAUUCCAAAUGGAAGACUUCUCUAGUGCUUGACAUGAAGAUAUGUUGUUGGUAACAUUGCGAUGGGAAGUUUCGUGGUGUCAAAGAGGCAGUACAUUUUCAUACAAGCGCAUGGAUUCGAGAUCUUCAAAUAUGAGCGCAACCGCCUAAGGUAAGUUAGAAGCCUUACAGCCUUUUACAGCAUUUUAGUAGGCUUAUUUACAACAUGACUAUCAUUGCAGCUACGAGUCUGAUUUUUGUUUCCUAUUUAUUGUUUAUCAUUUCAUAGUUAUCGAUAUGAUUAUUGCCCAAUUGAUGAAACAUGUGGUCUAUAAUUUUUGCCCAAUUGUUAUGAUCUAAUUAUGUGGUUUAAAGUGAUUUCAAUUUGCUUCUCUUGUGUUUCUUUUUUGUAAGUUACUAUCUUUGUCUCAUUUUUAUUUGAGAAUUUUUGUGCAGACUAUAUAUUUUGUUGUGUAUGCUAAUCAUGCAUAAUUAGAUCAAACUGAUAGAUGCUUAUUGUUUUUUUUUCUUUUUUGAGUUGAGAUUUCGUAUGAUAUUCAAUAUGACCUUGGUAUCACAUGAAGACAUCACAUUGCACACCUAAAAGAGUGUUUGACAAUCGAGAGAUCUAUGCAUUAUAAGAGGUAAUUGCCUAUGGCCUUAUGUUUCUAUUUUUCUUUCCGACUAUAAGUUUCCUAUGAUAUAAGUUAAACUUAAGAAUUUUAUAUUCUUUUAGGACUAUAAAGAAACUUUGAAGAUUGAACUGUGUAGCUCUAUUGCCAGAACAAAGCACUUGCAAUAUGGCCUUAAGUAUCACAUAAAGAUAUCACAUUGCCAAAACAAACUUUGAAGAUUGAACCGUAUAACAAACUUCAGAUUUCCUUUUCCAUUUUUUUUGAGUUGAGAUUUCUUAUAACAUUCAAUAUGGCCUAGUUAUCACAUGAAGACAUCACAUUGCAUAUCUAGAAGUGUGUUUGACAAUCGUGAGAUCUAUGCAUUAUAAGAGGUAAUUGCCUUUGGCCCUAUGCUUCUUUUUUCUUUUCUAACUAUAGGUUUCCUAUGAUAUAAGUUGAACUUCAGAAUUUUAUAUUCUUUUAGGACCAUUAAGAAACUUUGAAGAUUGAACUGUGUAGCUCUAUUGCCAGAUCAAAGUACUUUCACAUGAAGAAUUUAAAAUCUUGCUAUGGUGUCUUUGCUAAAUCUUUAUUCACAGAUACAAAGAUAUUAAAGCAUCUUUGGAUUUGCUUAGAGGGUGAAAAUAUGGAAACUUAUGGUGUUGCACAACUAUAAUCAUAUUCAACAACUAAGAGAUCUAUGCAUAAUUUUGAUCUAAGAUGUAACUUCUUAUGUCUUUAUUUUUUGGGUGACUAAAGGUUCCCUAAAAUAUCCAUUAGCCUUCAGAUUUUUUAUGUUGUUUUAGGACCAUUCUAGAACCCAUGAAAACUUUUAUUUGGUGUAGAUCUUAUUUCACUACGGAGUACUUCAUGUCACUUGAAAUAGUGUUUUUUUUAAUGUUUAUUUGCAUAUACAAAGAUACUAAAGCAUCUCAGGAUUUUGUUUAGAGGGUGAAAAAAUUUAGAAAAUUGUGGAGUUGCAAAACUAGAAUUGUGUUUGACAAUCAAAAGACUGUUGAUCAACCACUCAGAUAUUGUUUAAAAAACUGUUCAUGAAAUGAAUAAUUUGAAAUUUAAAAUUUUUCGAAAAUAAAGAUAAGUUCAAGAGUGAAAUCCAAGCCUAAAAUUUUCUGUUUUUAGUAAGAUGUGUCAUAAUUUCUAUAGAAAACAGUUAUUCAACCUAAGAGAACUACAAACCACAGUAUAUACCAUAAUAGUAAAGAGAUACCAAACAAAUAAAUCUAUAAGCUUGAUAAAGGUGAGGCAUUGUAAUUCUAUUUAUUAUGUUUUUCCCUGUGAAAUGAACAAAAAUAUCAAAUUUAUAUGUCUUUCCAUGAAUAGAUUAUGUCUUCUGCAACAUAGAUACACUUCUGAUCCUAAGAUAGGGCUUGAAAAAUGAUGUCAAAUGGGAUAUAAUGCAGUUCUAAAGUUUGGAAGUUAGCUUACUAGACCAACAGUUCAUAAAUGCUUCAUUAUAGUGAUAGUGGAGUAGUUCGGGUCCUUCCGAUUAACAGGAUCUUCAUUAAAGGUUUCGAUUUGGAUUUAUCUUGCUGAAUCAGCUGUAGUUGUAGCAGAGUGGUAGCAAUGUUCAUGAGCUUGAUAGAUAAGCUUGCUAUGUUUCAUAUAAAUGUUCACCAAUUAAUGACAUGGCUACUAUUCUAGUAUUUUUCCAAUUAUGUUGUUGUGGUCAUUUAUCACAAGUUUCAGCAUCCAAGCACUAUAUCUGAAAUUUGCCUUUUGUAAGUAUAACACCGACCUUUGAGUUGGUAUUUCUUGUUUCCAACUUCCCUAUUUGUUUAUUGAGAUUAAGGUAGCAGCAGCGGUUGUGAUUAUUUAUUGCGAUUCCAGUAAUAUCACAUGUGGUAUCAAGUUUAAAUUUGACAUGAUAAUUCCGAUUGAUUUAUUUAAGUCAUCAUUUUUUUUAAUAAUCUAUUGAUGAUCUUGUUGGUUGUAAUGGAGAGACAAAUUGAAUAUUGGGUAAGCAUUUGAAGUUUCCAUCACCAAAGUUACCAUCCCUUCCAACACCUCUACCUCUGUGACCCUUGCCAUUGUCAUAUAUAUAUUGUAAACUAUUAUUGGCCUUAUGGAUAAGGCUAAUGCGGCGGAGAUUGAUGAUCCUCAGAAAGCUCCAGAGCUUGAUCGAGACAAACAAGAAACUGCAGUGAAGCUCAUGGCCAAUGGUGCGUGCACCCUUUGCAACACGGGGAAGGGACAAAGAGACUUAGAGCAUUGAUGUUUCAUUUACUGGAAUUUGAGAAUCAGAUGAUGGCGAUUGCAAUAUGUGGAUAUGGAAUUAUGGAAUAGUGUCACUUGGUAGAAUAUCUUUUCUUUGAUUAUUAGCUCUUAUGUUGUCUAGAUUCAACAUCCAAUAGCAUUUUGUAGUGCUUAUGAUCAAGAUUUUAGUUAUGCUCACUGAUCCGAAGUUUUUGUUUAUGUUCACUUAUCCAAAUUGAGAGAUUUACAUGGGCUCUUGAAAUGUUGCUGAAGUCAAGUCUGUAAUUUUGUGCCCUUAAUGUUGGAACUAUAAAUUUUUA